AUGAAACGGUUAAAGCCUAGGUUGAAGGAGCUUAACAAGAGUUAUUAUGAGGAUAUUUCAAGGAGAGUGGCCAUCAAGCGAGAGCAGCUUGAGCAGGUUCAGCUAUUUAAUUUGGCUCAUGUUGAUCAAAGAGAUGUGCAAGCUGAGUUGAGGGUGCAGGCUGAGUUAUUGGAAUUGGAAGCUGCUGAAACUGCUUUCUAUAGGAAGAAAGCUAAAAUUGCUUGGCUGAAGGAAGGUGACAUGGAAAUGGUUAGGUUCUAUUCUGAGUUGAUUGGUUCGUCUGAUGUCAAUGUUAAGAAUUAUCCUGUGGAGUAUCUUAAGGAUCUGCUGCAGUACACUUUGCCUGCUGGGGCUGAAAAUUAUUUGGUGCGAGAUAUUACUGAGGUUGAAAUUAAGGAUGCCUUAUUUAGGCAGGGGAACGAUAAGAGUCCGGGGCCGGAUGGUUACACGGCUUGGUUCUUUAAAUUUGCCUGGGAUAUUGUUGGUAGGGAUUUCAUGGCUGCUGUGAAUUGCUUGGUGAUCUACAAAACCAUCACAAGGAUCCUGGUCAGUAGGCUUGCGAGUUACUUCCCUGAGAUGAUUUCCACUAGCCAGUCUGCUUUCAUUAAAGGGAGAAGCAUUGUGGAUAACACCUUGCUUGCCCAGGAGCUGAAGGCCUUUGACUCGGUUGAUUGGAGUUUCUUGUUGAAUGUUUUGGAGACCAUGGGGCUGCCUGCUGUGUUUCGAGGUUGGAUUGGCACUUGUGUUACUUCUUCUAAGUUCUCUGUUUCCUUUAACGGUACCUUGGUGGGUUACUUUGCGGGGGUGAGAGGUGUGAGGAGGGGUGACCCUUUGUCACCGAAAGUUCCCUUAACUCACCUGUGCUUUGCUGACGAUUUACUUAUCUUUCGUCAUGGAUCUGUUAAUUCGGUUUUUGGUGUUUUGAGUGUUUUGGAUCAGUUUUAUGAGAUGUCAGGCCUGAAGUUAAAUGCUGCAAAAACGGAGUUUUUUGCUUGUGGUAUGGAUGAUGGUGUGAUUAAUGUGAUUCAUGCUGUUACUGGCUUCCGGCUAGGGCAGCUUCCUGUUCGGUAUUUGGGGGUGCCGUUAGUGACUAGGAAAUUGACUGAGCAUGAUUGCAUUCCUUUAUUGGAAAAGAUUAGGAUGAAGCUUGGGAUUUGGUCGAGGCGUAACUUGAGUUAUGGUGGUCGUUUACAGCUUAUCAAGGCUGGUGCGGAUGUUCCUGCUGCAGGGGCGUGGGUGAGCUGGCAUCAGAUUUGUUCUUUGCAGUCCGAGGGUGGUUUGGGCCUCAAAAGUAUUUUGUGUUGGAAUAGAGCUUGUAGCCUUCUUCUUGUGAGGAAUAUUUUGGCUAAUGAAGGCUCUCUUUGGGUGGCAUGGAUUGAAGAGUAUGCCUUUAAAGGAACGAGGUUUUGGCAGGUGGAAAGCAAGUUCCACUUCAGUUGGAUUUUGCGGAAGCUGCUGAAGUUGAGAGCUGAGGCGCGGAGUUUGUUUGGGGAUGGAACGAACUGGAACUUGCAUGUUCCUAAACACACUAUUAUUGCUUGGAUGGUGAUUCUUGAUCGGUUACCUACUAAAGAAAGACUUGCUCGAAUAUGGAUGAGUACUGAUGAUGUGUGUGUUCUUUGUGGGGAUGCUAUGGAGUCGAGGAAUCACUUGUUUGCAGAUUGCUCUUUUGCUCGUGGUGUUUGGAGUGGUGUCAUGCAUGCAUGUCAGUUGCAGCAUAGGAUGAUGAGUUGGAAUGAUAUGCUGCAGUUGUUUAGAGGAAGUGAAAACGGAAUUGUUGAUAUUAUUGAUUGCAUUAAGGAGAUUGUUGGGGUUAGAUUGGCUAAUUGUAGUGUCAAUAGGCUAGAUGGGGUUAAUUUCCAGCUGUGCUCUGCUUGGCAGAUUGUUUGA